AUGACCGGCGGCGGCAGCGGCGGCGCGUGCGCGGUGUGCAAGCACCAGCGGCGCAAGUGCGAGCCCAACUGCGAGCUUGCCGCCUACUUCCCGGCGCACAGGAUGAACGACUUCCGCGCGCUGCACCUCGUCUUCGGGGUGGCCAACCUCACCAAGCUCAUUAAGGCCAACGCCACCGAGGCCGCCCGCCGGCGCGCCGCCGAGACGCUCACCUGGGAGGCGCGCUGGCGGGAGCGCGACCCCUCCGAGGGGUGCUACCGCGAGGUGUCCUGCCUGCGCCGCGACAACGCCGUGCUGCGCGCCGAGAACGCCGCGCUGCGGAGGCAGCUGGCCGAGCAGCAGCAGCUGUUGCUCUGGUCCAGGGCUGCCGCCGCCGCCGCCGCCGCUCCCACUGCCAACAGCAACAUGGCCGGAGGCUGCUACAACGGCAACGCCAGCGGUAAUGGACUGGUGGUGGCCGUGCGACCGCCGCCUCAUGCUCCCGCAGCUCCGGCAGCGCAGACCAUGUUGGGCUACCGCAGCGUGCCGGUUUGUCCGCCGACGCCAAACGGCAGGAAGUCGGCACCGGAUGCGCCGCCGUCGCCAUGAGAGGAUGUCAGGCCGAUCCUUCUAGGGACAGCAAGAGCAACGCCACAAGGCUUUGCAUGCUGGAUAUACACUGGCUUCUCCGCACUGUCUUUGCAACUGCAGGUGACGCUGCUACUAACCACUGGGCACAAAG